AUGCAUACCUCGUUCUUGUUAUCGACAGCUACCCUUCUCAUUGCCUCUUGCUGUCAAUUUGUCAGUGCAGAAACCUAUAAAACUAAAAUUGCCAUCCUGGGUGGUGGUGUCAGUGGUAUCAGUGCUGCUUUAAACUUGACGGCCAAUGGCAUUACUGACUUUAUGAUGAUUGAAGCCAGAGAUAUCUUGGGUGGCAGAGCGCAAGAUACUCCUUUUGGUGAUACGAAUGUUGAAUUAGGUUGUAAUUGGGUUCAAGGCUUGGGAUCCAAUCCUAUCAAUGUAUUGGCCAAAAAACAUGGCUUACGUACCGCGCAUAAUGAUGGUGAUGAUGUUGUCUUUAUUGAUGAAACGGGUCAACAUGUCAACUUUACCGAAAGAUACAAUGAAUUUGGAAAAGUGUACGAAACCCUGUCUGAUAUGGCCAUGAAACGUGUCAAGAACGAUCAAGUCGAUCUCUCUGGUAGAGUGGGUUUGGAUAUUGCUGGCUGGUAUCCUCAAAAUGCCCUUGAUCAUGCGAUUGAAUAUUACUCCUGGGAUUGGGAAAUGGCAGAAGAUCCCGAGUCUACUUCUAGUAUCUAUACCGUAGUAAAUGAUUAUUACACUUAUGGUGGCGUUGAAUUUGGUGAGGACAGUGAUGGUGAUCGAUUUGUCGUGGAUCCUCGAGGCUUUAAAUACAUCUUUUUAGAAGAAGCAAAAACCAUGUUUGGAAAAGAAUUCAAAGACAAGCGUCUUUUACUGAACCGAACCGUGGAAAAGAUUGCCUACAACGACCACGGCGUCACGAUCCACACCAAGAAUGGCGAUACAAUCAAGGCAGACUAUGCCAUUUCUACCUUCAGUUUGGGUGUCCUUCAACACAAAGACGUCGAAUGGAGCCCUGCUCUCCCCGCCUGGAAACUCGAAGGUCUCUACGGCUUCCACAUGGCCACUUAUACCAAGAUCUUUAUGAAUUUCCCCGAGAAAUUCUGGGACGAUAACCAAUUCACUGUCUGGGUCGAUCCUGACAUGCGUGGUUACUACAACACAUGGCAAACCUUGAAUCUGCCCGGUGUCUUGCCCGAUAACUCGACCGCCAACAUCUUUUUUGCUACCGUCACCCAAGACAUGGCCUACCGCGUGGAAUCCAUGUCCGAUGACGAGGUCAAGGCCGAAAUGAUGACCGUCUUGAGAAAGAUGUACGGCAAGGACAUUCCUGAACCCACCGAUUUCGUAUUCCCCCGCUGGCACUCCAAUCCUUUGUUCCGUGGUACCUACUCCAACUGGCCCAUCGGUGAAUUAGACGAACAUCACGCCAACAUGAAGGCUCCCUUGAAAAACAGAGUCUUUUUCGCUGGUGAAGCCAUGUCAGCAGAAUAUUACGGCUUCUUGCAAGGUGCUUGGUUCAGUGGUGCUGAAACCGCUCAAAACGUCGCUCAAUGUGUCAAGAAAUCCUGUCCUUCUGCUCAUUAUUAUCCCAUCAUUACCAAUGCUAAAAUACGCCCUAAUAUUGUCCGUCGAUCUCUUUUAAACAAGCAAUAA